AUUUUGGACAAAAUGUCGGUCCUGGAUGGGAACCUGGAGCGAGGAACCUGGCUGCUGCUGGCGUCGGGAGCUUUGCAGAAGUUUGCCCAGGAAUAAGUCCAGCAAGAUGUCCAGCGAUAGGCAGAGGUCGGACGAUGAGAGCCCCAGUACCAGCAGCGGCAGUUCGGAUGCUGACCAGCGCGACCCCGCUGCCCCAGAGCCCGAGGAACAAGAGGAGAGGAAACCUUCUGCCACCCAGCAGAAGAAGACCACCAAACUGUCCAGCAAAACCACCGCGAAGCUCUCCACUAGCGCCAAAAGAAUUCAAAAAGAGCUAGCUGAAAUAACCCUUGAUCCUCCUCCUAACUGCAGUGCUGGACCUAAAGGAGAUAACAUUUAUGAGUGGAGAUCAACUAUACUUGGUCCACCUGGUUCUGUAUAUGAAGGUGGUGUGUUUUUUCUGGAUAUCACAUUUUCAUCUGAUUAUCCAUUCAAGCCACCAAAGGUUACUUUCCGCACCAGAAUCUAUCAUUGCAAUAUCAACAGUCAGGGAGUCAUCUGUCUGGACAUCCUUAAAGACAACUGGAGUCCUGCUUUGACUAUUUCAAAGGUUUUGCUCUCGAUUUGUUCUCUUUUGACAGACUGCAAUCCUGCGGAUCCUUUGGUUGGAAGCAUAGCCACUCAGUAUUUGACCAACAGAGCAGAACAUGACAGGAUAGCCAGACAGUGGACCAAGAGAUACGCAACAUAAUUCACAUAAUUUGUAUGCAGUGUGAAGGAGCAGAAGGCAUCUUCUCACUGUGCUGCAGAUCUUUAUAGCCUUUACAAAACGGACUUCUGUGUAUAUGUUAUACUGAUUCUACUCUCUGCGUUUAUCCUUUGGAGACUGGGGAGUCCCCCCAAAAGGUAAAUGGCUAUCAAGAGUAGAACUUUGUAGCUGUAGAUUAGUUAUGUUUAAAAUGCCUACUUGCAAGUCUUGCUUCUUUGGGAUAUCAAAAUGUAUUUUGUGAUGUACUAAGGAUACUGGUCCUGAAGUCUACCAAAUAUUAUAGUGCAUUUUAGCCUAAUUCAUUAUCUGUAUGAAGUUAUAAAAGUAGCCGUAGAUGACUAGGAAUUAUGUCAUUUGUAUUAAACCCAGAUCUAUUUCUGAGUAUGUGGUUCAUGCUGUUGUGAAAACUGUUUUACCUUUUACCUUUGUCAGUUUGUAAUGAGAGGAUUUCCUUUACCCUUUGUAGCUCAGAGAGCACCUGAUGUAUCAUCUCAAACACAAUAAACAUGUUCCUGAAGGCAUA